GGCUCCGCCCGGAUCCCUUCGGCUCCCUUUCCGGCUCCCUUUCCGGCUCCCCUCGGCCCCGCUCGUCUCUCUCCGUCGCCGCUCGGCCCCUUCCCCUCGCUGCCCAUGGCCGAUGGGCACCGUUGUCCCCCCGGUCCCUGCUGCCCGGGGCGGGUGGCGGUGCCCAGCGCCCACCAGAGCCUGCCAGAGAUGGACUUUGAGAGGGGGAUCUGGGCGGCGGCGAGGGACGGGGACGAGCGGCGGGUGCUGGAGCUGCUGGAGCGGCGUGGGGAGCCCAGCCAGCCCGACCUGGCGGGGUACACGGCGCUGCACUACGCCAGCCGCAACGGGCACCUGGGGGUCUGCCGGCUGCUGCUGGGGCGGGGGGCUCGCUGCGAUGCCCGCACCCCCGGCGGGGCCACCCCCCUGCACCGCGCCAGCUACUGCGGCCACCUGGCCGUGGCACGGCUCCUGCUGGCCCACGGCGCUGACCCGGCUGCCGCCGACGGGGACGGUCACACCAGCCUGCACAAGGCGGCCGAGCGAGGCCACGGCGAGCUCUGCUCCUUGCUCCUGCGGCACAGCCCGGCCCUGGCUGCCCUGCCCGACGCCAAGGGACGGCUGCCCCGCGAUGUGGCACACCCGGCCGUGAGGGACCUGCUGGCCACCUGAGGGGGACACGGCGAGGACAGGAGGGACGGAGGGGGCGACAUGGAGCCCCCCGAGCCUGGAUUUGAUGGAUCGGCAGAGCGAUGGCUCCCAGCAGCUCUGUCCCUGCCCGGGGUGGGCAGGGGGCACACUGGUGUUUGUCAGCUGCCAGCCUUUGUUACAGUGAUAUUUAUUGGCUAUAAAGAAAACAAAACAAAAGACAAACACUAAAA